UUUAGCCAGUCGGGAACACAUCCGACUCAACCAUGACCCAUCCAAAGAAGCUUGCUCAGCUGGCCAAGAAGUGUCAGCGGAUGUUGGUGGCCAGAGCCGGUGCCCGCCGUCGGUGUGCCUCAGAUACGGCCGAUGACGAGUGCUCCAGCACAGUGUCAUCUGUGGUUGCCGAUGAGGGCCACUGCGUGAUGUACACCGCCGACGGAACCCGGUUCGAGGUCCCUCUGCCGUACCUCGGGACUACGGUCUUCGCCGAGCUCCUGAGGAUGUCUGAGGAGGAGUUUGGCUUCGUGAGCAGCAGUGAUGGAGGCAGGAUCAUGCUGACCUGCGAUGCCAAUGUGAUGGAAUAUGUCUUGUGCCUGGUCAGGAGAGAGGCCCCUGAGGAGGUCGAGAGGGCGUUGUUGAGCUCCAUUGUUGGGCAUGGGCACAACUACAAUGCUAGCUGCAUGACACCAUCAAUGGGACUCGGCCAUCAGUUUGCUCUUUGUACUUAGCUACUAGCUUAGCUUCUGAAAUAUUUUUAAUUAGGACUGAGAGGAGCUGAGAGCCUCAUGUAAGAUUCAAUGAUCACAGGAAAUGAUACAAAGGGACAAUUUUUUUGGGAGAAGUUGGAUUGUUUUACACAUCCUUGAACAUAGUUCAUAUAUAUUCUAGUGAAGGAAGUAGAAGGAAACCACGGACUUAAAGUUUGUGGUUAGGUGGCUGAACUCGGUGAUGGCGCUGCGAAGGGGUUGGGGAUGAGAGGAUUGAUGGACAAUUGAACAAACUGCUGUUUGUUUACUAAAAAAUAGAACUGCUGUUCCUACCUCCAACUAUAAACAUCGGAUUGAGACUGUGUGUCCCAGAUGGAGGUGGGUUGAGCAGUUCAUAAGUUUUGGUUAGAGGUAGUAACAGCGGCUUUCACCAUGUCACUGCCGGAAGUGGCCAAUUCCAGAUCUCCAUUCCUCAUGUGCUAGAGACUGCUCUGCAUUGGCUUCACGGAUUCUCGUCAGCUCACCACACUUUGGUGAAAAGCUAGCAACAGAGGGGACAUGGCACAUGAUGGUCCAGGAGCCUCUCAUAGGCACAUGCGGAGUUCACUUCAUUGCUUUUGGGUGUGUACUUUGCACUUACAACUGCAGCUGUAUGUUAGGCGUUUGUUAGUUUAACAGUGCUUUGAUUGCUACAGAUCUGGCAAGUUGUUGGGCAGCUCCAUAACUCAUUGUCCACCCACGGCCUGCAUGGUUUCUAGCAUAGCAUGUGUCAGCCAUUUUCCAGUAUCUUCCUUGCAUUUAGCUGGGCAGUUGAGGGUUUCUAGGUCUUUCAUGUGUCAGCCAUUCAGCCUUGAACCUCUCCAAGGGCUUGUCAUUAGUUCCAUGUUGGUAUUUCUUUUGGGGAAGCGAGCAUCCUGAUGAGGACAUCCAUGACACAAACAUAGCAUGAAAAUAUAUUUGCCAAGCACAAAUCAUGAUGAGCUUAUAUACUGCAUGAC